UGACGUUUCCGUUACGACGAUUCAACAAUGAUUCAAUGUAAACUGUACACGGACUUUACCAGCAUUUUACAUAACUAUCAAAAAAGGAUCUGGUGGUUGUGCAAAUGACCGGUACCAUCGUUUACAGUUCUACACCACAGAUGUAAAAUGCAGUAUUUGUUUAUGCCGGGCAAAAACAAAGAAGUGUGGUGCUGGGCACUCGUCGCAGGGACAUCUGCAGUCAUUGCAAUGCAUCAGUUCGCUCACAAAGACCAGUGAAUGUGUGACACCAUUGUCAUGGUGACGGCUGAAAAUGAGAUGGGGCUGGACCCCGGGAAAGCGCGUGGGAGCAACAUGUGCAGGAGCUUGUCUAAAUAUGCCCCUGUGUUCCUGGUUCUUGCCCUGUCUGGACUCAUCUUUCUGAUUCGCAACAUUCACACUCUAGAGAGGCUCAACUGCCAGACAGUUUCCACCUUCUACAACCUUCAGAACAGCCUCCACUCAGCCUUCACGCCUGAGGGCCCCUCUUCCCUCUACCGCAACCAGACCUACUGUGCCCAUCUGGGCCAGGAGCCCAGUCCAGAUGAGCUACUGGAGGAGCACUACCUCCUGGACUCUAUCUCCUGGCCAGAGCCCCCCGCCCGCCCCAUCUCCCUGAGCCGGACCAGCGACCCCGCCCACAGCCUGUUUGCCAUCCUGCCAGCGGAAGGUGGUAAAGAGUGGCGAGUGGGCGACCAGCUGGAGGCUCUCGUCCAAAUCCAUGACUUCCAGGGUCGUCCCAAACACCACGGUGGAGACUUUCUCCUGGCCAGACUUCACUCCCCGGAGCUGGGCGCCGGGGUAGCAGGACAGGUGCUGGACCACCGGAAUGGGUUCUAUUCUGCUCUGUUCCCGUUGCUAUGGGAGGGUACUUCCAGGGUGGAGGUGACGCUGGUCCAUCCCAGCGAGGCCGUGGCUGUUCUCCGGCGCCUGAGAGAGGAACGUCCGGACAGAGUGUUCUUUAAGAGCCUCUUCCGAUCCGGGUUCCUGUCGGAGACCACUGUGUGUAACCUGUGCCUGCCCGCUGGCCAGCAGCCCCUAUGUAACUAUACAGACCAGCGCACCGGGGAGCCCUGGUACUGCUAUAAGCCCAAACUACUGGGCUGCAACACCAGGAUUAACCACUUCAAGGGAGGCUACCAGAAACAUCUACUCACCAACAAGGAAGCUCUGCUCUUUCAAAGUGGUGUGAACAUCAAAGUCGCCAUCCAUGCCUCAGGGUCCAACUCAAUCACUGUGCUGCCCGAGGAGAAAGCAGAAGUAGAGAGCAGCAGCGCCCGGUCGGAGUCUGUCCGAGUCCUGCCCUCAGGGUACUACUUCCAGGGGUCGUGGAGGCCGCUGGGCGAGUACGCCAUGCGCCAGUUCAACGACUCCUCCGCCAUCACUCAGUGUCUGAAGGGCAAGGUGCUUUACAUGUACGGGGACUCCACUGUUAGACAGUGGUUUGAAUACCUCAACGCCUUUGUGCCAGAGCUUAAAGAGUUCAACCUCCACAGUCCCAAGAACGUCGGGCCCUACCUGGCGGUGGACAGCACCCACAACAUCAUGCUCCAGUACCGCUGCCACGGGCCCCCCAUCCGCUUCUCCACCGUGGCCUCCAGCGAGAUGCGCUACGUGGCUAACGAGCUGGACGGCCUGUCUGGCGGGCCCGACACCGUGGUGGUGCUCAGCGUGUGGGCACACUUCAGCACGUUCCCUGUGGAGGUCUACAUCCGCCGGCUGAGGCACAUCCGCAGGGCCGUGCUGAGGCUGCUGGACCGGGCCCCAGGGACCAAGGUGGUGGUACGCUCAGCCAACCUGCAGGCUUUGGACCCAGAGGUCAGCCUGUACAACAGUGACUGGUUCUCCCUGCAGCUGGACGGGGUGCUGAGGGCCAUGUUCAAAGGCCUGGACGUGCUCCUGGUGGACGCCUGGGAGAUGACGGCAGCGCACCACCUGCCCCACGCCCUCCACCCUUCGCCGACCAUCGUCAAGAACAUGAUAGACACCAUGCUCACCCACAUCUGCUCCCAGAAGAAGAAGAGUUAACAGACACCGUCAUGGAGGAAGGGAAAGGUGGAUAACGAGAGCGGUGCAAAGUCCGUCCCUUGUCUGAGUGUGCAAACAGGGAGAAAGAGAGAUGGAGGGAUGUUGAAUGAAUGAUAAGUGAUGCAAGGAGUGUGAUCUACUGUUUACAAGCUUAGUAACGUCCUAACACCAAAGCUUAGUGGUACUGUACGUCUGUGAGCAUGUUGCUACAGCUUUGGCCCUAAUCAAAACCUGCCUGAGAUAUACCGUGUGGUAGAGUGAGGAUGAAUCGUAAAAAAAACUGUUACAAUGUCUUUCCAAACCGUCUCACUGAAGGAAGAAGAAUUAAGGAGCAAUAUGAAUGAAGGAACGGGACACAAAACAACGAGAAGCUUUACUCAUCACGUUACCAGAUAACCCUUAUACUGCUUGUACUGAACUAGAACAUCAUGCUAAUUCCAAUUCUGCAUUGCCCUAGAGCGGUGGUCUUCAACCCUGGUUCUCAGGGCCCACCUGUCCUGUGUUUUAGAUGUUUCCCCGCUCCCAACACACCGGAUUCAAAUCAAUGGGUCGUUAUCAAAAUCUGUAGAAGCCUGAUAACAACCAUUAUCGUUUUAUCAUUUGAAUAAGGUGUGUUGGAAGAGGGAAACAUCUAAAACAUACAGGGGUGGACCCUGAGGACCAGGGUGAAGACCGCUGCCCUAGAGUACACACUGAAUUGUGUAGCCUAGCCCAAGACCAUUGAUACCAAACUGUAACUCUUAAGAAUGAUUGAUAAAAUGCCUGUUUGCCAAAUCCUCAUAGGUUUACAUCCUUAAUUCUCACUAUGAAUGAAUGUUUCGAUCUAAUCCAACAAGAGAUCCUAUUUUAGUAAAAUACUUUUACACUUCAAAAUACAAAUACAACAUACUUAAAAAUACCACAACAUCAUGUGGGAAUCACCAAGCAUCAAAUCAUCAAGCAUGACCUGUGUGAUGAUAACCAGUUGUAUUCCAAAAGUGUCAGGUGGACACUUGAGUCAGGUGGCUGAGCGGUUAGGGAAGCGGGCUAGUAAUCAGAAGGUUGCCAGUUCGAUUCCCGGCCGUGUCAAAUGACGUUGUGUCCUUGGGCAAGGCACUUCACCCUACUUGCCUCGGGGGGAAUGUCUCUGUACUUACUGUAAGUCGCUCUGGAUAAGAGCGUCUGCUAAAAUGACUAAAUGUAAAGUGUGUUCUUAUUAAACAGUAUUACAUGUGUUCUGUUUACCAUUGAUGCCUCUUAUCAAUGUUCAACUGCUUUAACAUAAACAUCAACUAAUUUGCUGAAGGUAUCAGUUAUGAUAUUUUGAAGUUGCACAGUGUUGGCUCUUUUUUUAAUUUUCUAAUCUAACUUUAUGCUGUGGGUUUGUUGUAUAUCGAAUGCAGUACCAAACUCUUAAGAUGCUACAUGUAAAAUGAUCUUGGGUCUAAUGACACAUUGACAGCCUAUUGUUGCAAUGGCCAUUGAACACCGAAUUCAUAAAUACGUGAUUCAUUAAUAAAUUAUGUUC